AUGUCAUCGAAUGUAGGACUUUCUACACCCCGCGGAUCGGGCACCUCUGGCUACGUCCAACGGAAUCUGUCGCUGUUAAAACCGCGCGACGCCGGUGUUGGCGUACCCUACAGCCUUGACUCUUCUUCACGGCUUCCAAAAACACGAAAGCCAGAUCAAGAAAUUCUGAACCAUGACCGUUUAAGGGAGAUUGAGGUCAAGGUGCUAGAACUUCGGGAAAAACUUGAAGACGAAGAGGUCGACGAGGACAAGAUUGAGGACGAAUGUGACAAACUGCGCGAAGAUCUGACCUCAGAAAUGGCACGCAAGAGAGACCAGGGAAGAAACAGGACGGGUGGAAAGGGACUGAAGAGCUACCAAGUCCACGAGUUAGCCGAGGCCAAAGAGCGAGAAAGUGACAGACUACGGAGGGCUUUAGGCUUGAAGCCUGAUGAAAUUUCAGAAGACGGUGAACAUCCUAUGGCCAGGCAGGAAAAAAGAAGACGAGAACGAGAAGAACUGCAAGACAAAGACGGAUCUGAGGAAAAGAGGUAG